AGCAUCACUGCUUUGAACACACGAUUGUCUGCCGAUUCCACUCCAACCUCGGGGUGGUUUCGCAGAAUCGCAAAGCACCCAUCGCUGCCGCCCUGCAGCAUCCACCGCUUUCUUCGAUCCAGCGAACCCAACGGCCAGAGACUCUUAAGCUCGCUUAGCUCGUGAAGACACCUUCAGCUCGGGAUGAAAGCGGAAAGUCACCAAAACAUGAAGCCGAGUCGGGACAACAUUGGACGAGUGGUGGUGGUGUGAAGCGCGAAGCGGUGGGAAAAACAGUGGACAAAAGGCCAGCAAGAACCCAGUGCGAUGGGUAGAUAGUGUGAUACAGCUUCAGGUCGGGAACAGUCUGCGAAACGUUUCAUCAGCUCCACUGCGCGCACAAGUUUCGGGGGGGGGGGGGGAUAAAAAUCGAAUCAUGUGGACACGUUCGGGAGAAUCACCAAAAUAGAUUAGACAGCACUAUUUGCUUGCAGUGCGUGCAGCGGACAUAUAGGCGAGCAAUAUCUUCAGUGGAAAUCGUUUUUCUUGUUGUUUCUUCGCCAAGGAACAAAAUCGCACCAAACGUUUAUUACAGCUAAAUCUCCUCGCCUGUGGAUUAGUGGCACCCUGGGGCGCACGUCAAUCAACACCCAAGCAAACCGAACCGAGACCAGGUAGCGAGAUACUUCGCUGAGCCUGAAGCUGUAUCGCAGCGCUGUGAAGAACGCGAACUAAACGUCCUGCGAGCUAGUCUGCGUGCUAAGGCAUAACAGUUUUUUUUCUUUGGGUGGUGUACAAUAUCCGGAGAUAUUCGGGAUUAUCUUUUAGAAUCUUGGGAGGAGGUGUUGCUGUGUUUGUUCCUUGAAGGAAGAAUCGGUUCUCCCACAACCUCCACUGCGAGGUACCUGACUUCCGGCAAGUUUCGGGUGUAUUCGGUGGGCGGUUAAUCAACGCCUGCUCGGUUUUAAACUUGGCAGAUGGUAGGGUGCUUCCAAGGGUGGGUCACCGUUAGGGAAGUGGGGUGUGUCUAGAAGGAAAUUACAAAAAAAUGGGCAAGGAAAUGAGUCUACUUCCUCCCGUCACCGCCGGACCGUUCAAACGAAAGCAGGUCACGGAGCGUAUCGGGCACACGAUCAACGAGCACCCCCGGAACUCCGAUGAAUUGCCGAUUCUAGCCCAUGAGCGCUCGUCCAUCAACUCGAACGCAAUCAAUAUGGAGAUACAUCCGUAUCUACGGCCGUGUGUGAAGAUGUGAAGUUGAGGUCUUGGUAGAGGGUACCUUCACACACACUCACCCACGGUGUAUCUCAUUGUCGGUGGAUGUCGUUUUGUUACGGGUGAUAGAUCGAUCGACCAUUAGUACUAUCCGGUGGGGUCGUCACCACCACCACCACCACCAGGUCGACAGUUUGUGACGGGAGAUGUUGUGCACCGAAGCAUAUAGAGGGACGACUAAAACGGCUUACAGCACACCCGCUGUUUUGUGCAGUGUGCAUCGAGAAUCGCGGACAGGUGAAUCGAUAGACAGGUUCGCGUUGUCCGCGCGGUGAAGCCGGUUGAGUAACGGCGUGGUGGACUCGCUGGAAAGAAAACACCCUCCCCCGCUGACACUAAUGCGCCUAUCGGACCAGCAGUAUCCGUGGAGCGUCGUCGUCCUAUACAAUGGUGUUUGAUCAGUGAAAAAAAAGAAAACAACAACGCAAGAGUCGUCGUCAGUAACACUAGCACAAGAGCCUACACAGUUGACACAGUGCCGUCGAGUACCAUCCCCACCGCUUCCUAGAAGGCGGAACGCAGGUCAGGUUUCGCCGUACAGUGUACAGGCAACCAGGUGUCCGCCAUAGAUGUACGCAAUCCGCACACGACAGCAACGUUGCUGCAGCAAGGCAGAGAACUGGUCGUCGUACUGCGUCCGCCGACAAUCUAUCGGAUAGAUGACCCACGCGUCAGUGUGAGUAGCGGCGUGCAAUCGUAUUUUUGUCGCCAACACCUGGUGGCAGAUAGGGCAAGUCCAGCGCGAGAAACAACAGCGAGAACGAGAACGACCAAUUGUCUCCAACACACACACACGCAGCGACGCAAAUUAACGCCAGCCAAAAUGUACGGAUUCGUGAACUACGCGCUUGAGCUACUAGUUUUAAAAAACUUCGGUCUAAAUAUAUGGGAACAAAUAAAGAAAAAGGCGCAGGUAAAUAUGGAAGGCCAAUUUUUGGUACGACAGAUCUACGAAGAUGACAUUACGUACAACCUGAUAGAGGCCGCCGUAGAUAUACUUAACAUACCGGCCGGUGACAUCCUGGAACUGUUCGGCAAAACAUUCUUCGAGUUUUGUCAAGACUCCGGCUACGACAAGAUACUGCAGGUGCUUGGUGCAACGCCGCGCGAUUUCCUGCAAAAUCUAGACGCCCUGCACGACCAUCUCGGUACACUCUAUCCCGGCAUGCGGGCACCAUCGUUCCGCUGUACCGAAACGAACGGCCAGCUGGUGCUGCACUACUAUUCCGAACGUCCGGGGCUAGAACACAUCGUGAUCGGGAUCGUAAAGGCGGUCGCGUCCAAGCUGCACGGUGUCGAUGUGGAGAUCAAAAUCAUCCGCCGCAAGGGUGAUCCGAUCGAGGUGGAGCAAAGCAAACCGGCCACUGAGCCGGCAGCGGCCGCGAAACCUCGGCACUCGCUUCCGGUCCUAACGCCGGUAAAAUCAGUUCCUAUAACGUCCCUCGAUCCGGCCGUGCCGGAACUAGCCAACCUGGGACUGUGCAAGCGAAUUCUAGCCUCCAAAACGUACGGUGAAUCUUAUUUUUCGAAUAGACUUAAUACCCACUCUUCGUUCUUUUCAUUCUCGUGCCCUUCCCCACAUACCCGUUCACAUCUGCCCCACCGCACGCGCUCAUCGCUAGAUCUAGCCACCUCCAAGAGCAACUCCGCGCUCAAGCAACCUACCGAAACGGCGUCCAGCAAUGGCAAUAAACUUAGCAUUAGCAGUAGUCAAAAUGGAAGCAAUAGCAUACCGCUCUGCAGUGAGGUUAGCAAAGCUAGUAACGACACCAAUACCAAUUGUGAUAGCAGCCAAACGCACGGUGACGACUGGAAGAAGACGAACAAGGGUACGGGCGCGGCCGUCGAGCGGUCGGACCACUUUCAGUUUCUAAUAACGGAGAUCUCGGGCCCGAAGACGCCGACCCGCCGUUCGGACGAGAAGGAUCAGCAAGCGGUAUGCCAGCUGGUAGCAAAAGAACCAAUGAUCUCGCCGAUGACGUUUUGCAAAAUCUUUCCAUUCCACCUGAUGUUCGACCGUAACAUGCACAUUGUGCAGGCAGGACGAUCGGUUUCAAGAGUUAUUCCCAGAAUCUACGAAAAGAAUUGUCCGCUGCUAGCACUGUUCGAAGCAGUUCGGCCUCAUCUGCAGCUGAGCUUUGAAAACAUUUUGGCCCAUAUUAACACAAUCUACGUUCUAAAGACGAAGGCAGGAGUUAUGUCCAAAAGCGAGAGAUAUCUAAGACUGAAGGGACAAAUGAUGUACAUUCCGGGAUCUGAUCUGAUACUGUUCCAAUGUUAUCCUAGCGUAAUGAAUCUCGACGAUUUAACCAAAAAGGGUCUUCACAUCUCCGACAUCCCACUACACGAUGCCUCGCGUGAUCUGGUGCUGCUGAGUGAAAAAUUCGAAGCGGAGUACAAGCUGACCACCAACCUGGAAAUACUGACCGACCGACUGCAGCAGACGUACCGGGAUCUGGAGAGCGAGAAGCAGAAGACGGACCGGCUGCUCUACUCCGUCCUGCCGAAGACGGUGGCGAACGAGCUGCGGCACCAGCGGCCAGUCGCACCGAAACGGUACGACUCGGUAACGCUCAUGUUUUCCGGCAUCGUCGGGUUCGGGCAGUACUGUGCGGCAAACACCGAUCCCGAGGGUGCGAUGAAGAUUGUAAAGAUGCUGAACGAACUGUACACGAUCUUCGACGAGCUGACGGACUCGAAGAGUAACUCGAACAUCUACAAGGUGGAAACGGUCGGUGACAAGUAUAUGGCCGUGUCCGGGUUGCCGGAUGAGUGUGAGAAUCAUGCCAAAUGUAUUGCACGGCUGGCACUGGACAUGCUGGAUAUGGCUAAGAACGUCAUGAUGGGCACUGAAGCGAUGAAAAUCACAAUUGGCAUCCAUUCUGGUGAGGUCGUGACCGGUGUUAUCGGUAAUCGGAUGCCUCGCUACUGCCUGUUUGGCAACACCGUUAACCUAACAAGCCGAACGGAAACGACGGGUGUCCCCGGUCACAUCAAUAUCAGCGAAACCACGUACAAGCUACUUUGCGAUCCGGUCAAUCACGAUCCCUCGUUUAAUCUGGAGUACCGUGGACCGGUAGUGAUGAAGGGCAAACCGGAACCGAUGGACUGCUGGUUUUUAACACGCAAAGGAACACCGGCAACGAAAUAAUUACCAUGACCCAUGCAAAAACACGGCAAGCGAACACAAACACACAAACAAACGUGCUAGAACCAACCAAACUUAAGAUGUAAAAGAUCGCCGGCAGCGAAACCUGAUAGCUUUUUACUUCUCAGCGGUGUGUUUAUAGAUGUUUGAUAAACCACAAUAAUGCCCGUGUCUCUAUCACUUUCUCUAUCUCUCGCUCUCUCGCUCUACCGGGUCACCCGGGACCCGGUUUGUUGUAAUGAUCGUGACAAAAUUGUGUAAAGGAAAAACAAAAAAAGUAAACAAACGGCAUAGGAAUGCUUCGGUGUGUGCUGUACUGUAGGAAUGUAUGUUUUAUACCUUCUGCCAAAAGCAAUCAGCUAGAUUUUUGUGUGUCCCAUCUCCCUUUGGCCACUUGAUUCUAUCGACAGCACUAUGGUACACGGUACGGACAUUCUUUGGUGGGAAAAAACAUAAAACAAAGCCACGCAAACAACUCUUUCAAGGAGGACGGAAUUCUCAUACCGCGUCAUUGUUACAGUUUGGUUUCCUUUAAUUCUUUCACCCCAUUACGUGUUAAAACGAACGGACAUCGUUAACAAACUUUCCGCCAUAGACGGUCCAGUCGAUGUUUCGUUCACGUCGUCCUUCCUAUUCCACAGCCUUGGUGCGUACUUUUGUAGCCUUUUUAGAUAGCUGUACAAUGAGAGUAUUUAUAUAAAACAAACGGUAUCGUUUUGACAGUGUUUGACAGUGUAGUGUGUAGGGGUACAAUGGUAGUCUUCUAAAGAUUUAGUAGAACAGUGAAAAAAAAAAAACAGAACAUUUAGCUAAUAGAAUUUUUGGGCCAAUCGUGAUAGAUGUACAACU